AUGGCCCAACCUUCGACACCACAACCAUUUUUGCCUCAGAACUCUUCACUACCUGCCUCUGCGGCUUCGUGGGCUUUUGGAACUUCUGCUCGAGCUCCUGGUUCUGGUGCGAACACUCCCACCGCCAACACCUACCUCAUGCCUACCAGUCCGGCUAAGAACCCCACCAGCAUGAACGACGGGCUCAAACCAAAGAUCACCAAGACGACCGGACAGAAACCGGCUUGUCUGGUCAAUGCAUCAGUCACAUACUGUGGGAAUGACCAGAUCUACGCCUUUGGCGGCUUCGAUCAAUUCACUGAUGAAGUCUACAAUCACGUGCUCAGGCUAGAUCUGAAGACGCUAAAUUGGGCGCUAGUGGAUAAUUACGGAGAUAUUCCCGGGGUGCGGAUGGGGCAUUCAGCAUCCCUCUACCAAGGCGACAAACUGCUCGUCUAUGGUGGAGAAAAUGAACACCGGGAGUAUUUGUCGGAUGUGGUCAUACUCAACCUGAAAGACCAUCACUGGACUCAACCCGAUGUCCAGGGUCCCAUCCCCAAAGGCAGAGCCAGACACGCUGCAGUCGUUUAUGAGGACAAAUUGUUCGUCAUUGGAGGGCUGACAGGAGAGGCGAACUACAUCCUCGAUGAUAUCUGCUACCUGGAUCUGAAGACCUGGACGUGGUCCAAAACCUGGAGCUUUGUGCAAAGAUUCGAUCACUCCGCCUGGAUAUGGGGAGGUCGACUAUGGGUGCUAGGGGGCUUGGGGGCUGACAUGGAACGCCCUUCCGAGAUUUGGUGGCUGGAUCUCAAGGGCAGUCCUGCAUUGAGUGGUUCAGGCAGGCAGUUUUCUACUAUGGGCCGCAUAUCCUCUGCCAGACAUGAUCCCUGGCUGCAUCCCAGCCGCGCUGACCGAAUCGAUACAUAUACUGCCAACUCGGGAAGCGUCCAUAUUCGAUCUACGAGGCGGGAGAAACCUGUUGCACCAGGGGCAAUAUCGUCUCUGAAGUUUGUUUCUGGCCCGCACGUCCCCCUCCAGUCUUCAGGCACACAUUUCCAUGUUUGCUCCUCUGGCGCCUUGCUGGACUUUGUCACACCUUCAUCUACCAUUCGGCAUAGUGAAUGCAACUUGUCGUCUCUCGAGCUGGACUCGCUGAGGUGGCAAAGACUGGUCGAGGGUCCUGAGUUAUUCCAACCAGGCUACAAAUGGCAUUACUGCACAAUCAAUGAGGACGGGACCAAGGUUUGGCUCCUGGGUUCACCUGGAGACGACUCUACUGGGUCCAAUCAAGAGCUCCAACUUAGCGAAGUUUUAGCUGUUGAUCUCAAACGGUAUGGGUUGCUCGGAAACCUGGACUCCCCGUUUGCGUCUGAGCAAAAUCGCAUCCUGGCUUCCGAGCGGCAGACGACGUAUACAACCCCCGUGGGUGGUGUUGGGUCUGGUCUCGGUUCUGACCUGGCCAUGACGUUCGAUCAACCUCCAGAAUCCGGUAGCAUGAGCGACUUUAUCAUAACAGCGAAUUAUACCCCCACCGAUGAGGACGACAACGUCUCAGAAGCUGAUUCUCAACUGCGAUUCUCUACCAACACGACUAGCAGUCAGGUCUUCGUCUCGGAAAACUCGGCCGUGUCUCCGCCGAUCCAUGUCCACAAAAUGAUCCUUCAAGCCCGCUGGCCACACUUCAAACGUCUCUAUGCAUCCAAAAUGAUCGAAUACCAGACUUCCCGCUUACACAUCCCGGAACCGUACUCGGUCGUACGGGCUUUUCUGUACUAUCUGUACACCGACAGCAUUGCCCCUCACCCUGUGUACUGCCGCGACCUCACGGAUGUCGCUGGCAUGCUCGUCAUGGCCAACCUCUACGACAUGCCAAAGCUCCGUCUUUUGUGCGUAAAUCGCCUUUCGCGUGAGAUUGAUAUCGAACACGCGGCCGUGAUUUGGGAACGUGCAGGACGUACCGAGGAAGAGUGGCUCAAGCAACGCGCUGCCCGUUUCUGCAUGAUGAACUUUGGGCGAAUCGUACGUACAGAGGGAUUCAGGAGCCUGUCUCGACAAUCUCUUAUGGAGCUUUGCGAGGUAGUUGGGACGGAGGGGAGAGUGGUUGACGGCGACGAGAUGGACGACGCAGAAACGGCGUUCACUUUAGGUGGGGUCCUCGGCGGGCGGUAUCGAAGACGGAGUCAUCGACCCAGUGGGGAAGCGGACGAGACGGAAGGUGAUGAUGAUGAUGGGAUGGACAUGAACUGA